AUGGUGUUUGCGGUGGAGGAGAUCAAUGCCAACAGCACACUUCUCCCGGGAGUCACUCUGGGCUACCACGUACUCAACAGCUGUUUGGGAUACCCUUGGGUUCUGCAGGCUGCAUUGUCUUUGAUUGCAGGGGACACAAAGAACUGUGACCUAACAACCUCUGCGUUGUUGCUGAUUGGUCCUGCGUCGUCCACAUCCAGCAUUCUAGUGUCCAAGACCCUGGGCCCACUCUCUGUGCCGAUUAUCAGCUACGUGUCCAGCUGUCCCUGCCUCAGCGACAGAUCCAAGUUCCCCAAUUUUUUCAGAACCAUCCCCAGCGAUGUUUACCAAGCGGGGGCUUUUGCGAGGCUGGCCGUUCGCUUUAAGUGGACGUGGGUAGGAGUCGUGGUUAUUAACAAUGACUACGGUCAAUUAGCCCUACAGGUAUUCCAAGAGGAGAUUAUGGGCAAAGGGGUGUGUGUGGAGUUUAAACAGAUCAUCCACCAGGAAUACAAUGAGGCGGAUGUCAAACGUGUGGCAAAUAGCAUUCAAGCUGCUAAAGCCAGGGUGAUUCUGAUUGUUACCUGGUUUGGACAUGUGAAGAAUAUUCUUCUGGAGCUGGCCAAGAGAAAUGUGACGGACAAACAGUUUUUGGCCAGUGAGUCUUGGAGUACCAACGCUGAUCUCCAAGACGCUGCCAUCGCUCAGGUCGCACGUGGAAUCGUAGGCGUUGCGAUCCAGAGCGCCACCAUACCCGGAUUUGCAAGUUAUCUCCGAAGUUUGAACCCCAUUUAUCGUCCUGACGACAAGUUUUUAAAGGCAUUCUGGGAAGAACAAUUUGAAUGCAGUCUGCCGUUUCCGUCACUCAAGGGGCGCUCAAAGCAUCCAUCAAAUGUGUCUGCGGCCUCCUCUGACAAGCCAUCCGUGGUGAGGGCGUCGAUGCCACUCUGCAGCGGGAAAGAGUCCCUGGAGACGGUGCAGAAGCCCUUUACUGACACCUCGCAGCUCCGUCAGUCGUACAACGUCUAUCUGGCUGUUUACGCUGCAGCGCACGCCCUCCACAGCCUCCUCGCCUGCCAGAGCACCAACAUCAGCACCACCACCUGUUCCUCUCACCAUUCCAUCAACCUUGCGCAGCUGUUGCAGCACCUGGACAGAGUGCACGUCAGCACCCCGCAUGGCGAUGGGUUACACUUCCAAGGAGGCGACAUCGCGGCGAAGUACGACCUCGUCAACUGGCAGACGACCCCUGAAGGACACCUGAGACUUGUUGUGAUUGGUCACGUGGACGGAUUUGACAUCCAUUUGAACGAAUCGGCUAUCCAGUGGAGCACAGGAUCCGGUCAGGUGCCUUCUUCCGUGUGCAGUGAGAGCUGCCCACCUGGCACCAGAGUGGCCAGCAGGAAAGGAGAACCUAUUUGCUGCUUUGACUGCAUCCAAUGUGCUGAUGGGGAGAUAAGCAAUACAACUGGCUCAGCCUCCUGUGUGCGCUGCCCGGUUCAAUUCUGGUCCAACACGGAGAGGACGGCCUGCCUCCCUCGCCAGCUGGAUUUCCUCUCCUUCAACGAGACUUUGGGCAUCACCCUCACAGCGGGAGCCGUGUCGGGCGCCAUGGUGACCACUGCUGUCUUUGUGGUCUUUCUCCACUACAGACACACGCCUGUGGUCCGAGCCAAUAAUUCCGAACUGAGCUUCUUCCUUCUCGUGUCGCUCAAACUCUGCUUCCUGUGCUCGCUGCUCUUCAUCGGCCGUCCCUCAGCCUGGGCUUGUCGCUUCCAGCAGGCCGCCUUCGGCAUAAGUUUUGUCCUUUGCCUGUCCUGCCUCCUCGUUAAGACAGUGGUGGUCCUGGUGGCCUUCCGCUCUGCUCACUCCAGUUCCAAAAACUUCAUCAAAUGGUUCAGUCCUUGGCAACAGAGAGGAAGUAUCGGCUUGUUUACUUGUAUACAGGUGACCAUCUGUGCCAUAUGGUUAUCCCUCAGCCCGCCACAUCCUGGCUAUGAUGUGGGUAUCUUAGGGGCAAAGGUCACCCUCAAUUGUGCCAUGGACUCUGUGGUGGGGUUCUCCCUGGUUCUGGGCUACAUUGGCCUGCUGGCCUGCACCUGCCUCCUCCUGGCCUUCCUCGCCAGGAAGCUUCCGGACAACUUCAACGAGGCCAAGCUGAUCACCUUCAGCAUGCUCAUCUUCUGCGCCGUCUGGGUGGCGUUUGUUCCCGCCUACGUCAGCUCGCCGGGGAAGUACGUCGUGGCGGUGGAAGUGUUCGCCAUCCUCGCCUCCAGCUACGGCUUACUCUUCUGUAUUUUCGCACCAAAAUGUUUCAUUAUUGUUCUUAGGCCUCAGAAAAACAGCAGGAAAUACCUGAUGGGUAGAUAGUCUCUUAUUUGUGCUUGUGCUUUACCCAGUACUACCACUAGAUGGCAACAUCAUACCAU